AAACUUAGUCAUUAUAUCAGUACACUUCAUACGAACCAGUAGUAAGUUAUUACAAAAGUCUGUGAAAAAAUCGGUAUUGUUUCCAUUAUAUAUUUUUAGUAAUUCAGGAAUAUUUUGAAAGAAAAUUUUAAGCCUCUUUAUUCCAACAAAAUUUUGUGUAAGCCACAAAAUCGUGGCAAUUUCAUAAUCCAUUGCCAUGUCGUCAGCCGAAUAUGACGACUUGGCUAACAUGGUGCAGUUCUGUGACGAUAUUUCGCAGGCUCUGGAUUUUUUCUGUGGGGAAAACUUUUGCUCAGAAGAUAGCGGGACCCAGUUAAUCGACAAAUGUCUUUUUUGCGGUCAGAGUCGUUCCACAGUGAUUGCAAACCUUCCCGUUGAGGUACGACUGGGAGAGAUUGAGAAAACUAAAUCCCAGUUAGACGUUGAAGCUUUAAUUCGGGAACGAAGCGGCUGUAAGGAUCUACGUAAAAUACUGCUGCUGAUUACACCUGUGGAGUCGUCAAAGGAACAGAAAUAUUGCCACAGAGUGCACUGUUAUCGACUGGACAAACGCAGUCACCGGGGAGUUACCACGGUGACCGAGGAGGAGCUUCGCCUAAUCGAACGCAAUCACGGAGCGGAUAACUACUCAAUUGUGUACUGCACAGGAUACAUUGAGUCUGAAGACGCGGUCAAGAACACACCCAUCCAGACCCAGAUAUUCGAGAUAGUUCGUGAUGCAUCUAAGGCAGUGCGAAGGACUUGGUACAAGGGACAUUGGGUGAGGCUCUCGUAUCGGUGCACCACAUCGAAGCCGGUGGGCGUUUCUCCUCCGAAACAAAAUAUCUAUGGCAUUCGAUCUCUGGAGCAGCCAAAAAUUCCAGUGAAAAUGCAGGGCCACAUGGCAUGCGAGGCAUAUAUCGAGGGCUUAAAGCAAGGACGAAAGCUUCGUCUGCGACGAAAACUUCUGUGGGAAUUUCAGUACACCAGUCAGCAGAACCUGAACAAGAAAAAUUCUAAACCAAGAGUUCGUAAUACUCUACCUUCUUAUGCAUAUAGGCGACGGCAUGCUAGGUGCACCAUUCCAAAGGACAAAACUGAGCGUAAUGUUGUUAUUGCUGAAACCUUUCGACGUAAACAUCAAUGGAUUAAAUUACAGAAAUUGGCCAAACGUCAACAGACCCCGACGCUAAUCAAGAAAUAUCCAACAAGCGGGAUUCCACAGUCUAGUCGAAAGGAAAAAAUCAAAAAUAGAAAACCCACAUGUGGAUUAAAAGUCUUAUUUCAACCGCAAAUGCUGCGUGAGUCCUUGGACCACGUUCCCUUGGAAUUAUCAUCCACGUCUCUGGACUUUGACUUCGUAACCGACCAGUCUUCCACCUCCUUCACCUAUUUCGAUGAUCCUCUCCUGCUGCCUGCCAGUUUUUCUGUCGCCGCCUUUUGUCACCUGGCACAGAGAAUGCGCAAUCCCAGUGUCAGAGAGGCUUUCUCGAAAUUGGGUCUAUUGGUGGAGAUAAUUAAUGAGCGACUGUGUCCCGAAGAUGAGCACUUGCAGCUUUUCUUUCGGUUGGCCCAGUUCCUGGAAUUUAAGAUGUACGUGCGACGGGAGUUCAAUUUUCCUGGCUGGCCCCCAACACCAUGUCGGCGUUUUCGUAUGGAGUGCUAUGUCUUUGACGAUCGGCGCGAGUAUAUCGCAUCGAUCAGUCUGCUGCCCAGUCAGCUCCGUACAAUGGCAAAGCUCUUUCCGGGAGCGCGUCAAAAUUUGCGAUUUGUGGACAAUGCGUUUGAGCUAACUCCAAUGCCGUCGAAACUAACCAAUAUUCUGAGAGUGGUUUUAGAAGCCAUGCAUGCCCGUCCUCUAUACGAACUUUUGGGAGAGUUAACCCUGGACUAUGCUCGUCCACAGGCAGCAGUUUUUAAACUCCCUGGGAGUCAGACAGGAAUCGAAAAUUGAAGAUUCCAUUUUGUAUACUUAAAUACAGCAUUUAUACUAUAUAUGCUAUUUUCUCAUGAUUAAAUAUGCAUACAGAAUACAAAGCAAGGAAAAUGUAAA